ACAUGGGGGAUUCUGAACAUACUUUGAGCACAACGAUCAAGACAAACAUUCAGAUGGACCAGGAAGGUCUUGGUAUCAUUCUUAUUCAGAAUGGGCCUUAUCUCCAGAUUUCUGGCCUGGUAGAGAAAGGCGCCUCUGCCAGAGAUGGCAAACUCCAAGCAGGCGACAUCAUCCUCAAAAUCGGACACGCCAACGUCUUAGGCUGGACCUUGCGAGAACUCAGGCAGCUCCUGCACACCGUUCCCAUAGGGACCGUCCUGCAAAUCCAGGUUUACAGGGAUUUUAUUAAAAUCCCAAGCCGGUGGCAGGCUGCCCUCAUGAGCAUUCCUGAAUUAAAAGGGCCUGCAAUCGAGUAAGACAAAGAGAGUGACGCCAGCGAAGAAAAUUGGACGAGCAGCGAAGACUUGGAGAACGAGAGCGAAGAGAUGUUUGAAGAGAGCGAGAGCGAUAGUGAGGAAAGCUACCAGGAACCAGAGCGCGUGAGAGCUUUGUCGGUGGGCAGUGCUCGUAGUGCCCGUAGCGGCCAUAGCAUCCAUAGCGGCCAUAGUAUCCGUAGUAUCCAUAGCGGCCAUAGCAUCCGUAGUAUCCAUAGCGGCCAUAGCAUCCGUAGUAUCCAUAGCGCCAAUAGCAUCCGUAGUAUCCAUAGCGCCCGUAGCAUCCGUAGUAUCCAUAGCGCCCAUAGCAUCCGUAGUAUCCACAGUGUCCAUAGUAUCCGUAGCAUCCAAAACGUCAAAACUCUGCACUCGCUUUCCAUCAAGCCUCGAAUGAAGCAUCAACCCAAGUGGAUCUCCAAAGACUGGCACAUUUUCGAGAAGAAAACCUAUACCUUUACGGUGGGCUCCGACAUUGGUUGCGACAUUAUGAUCCACAAGGACUUUGAAACGGAAAGCGAGGCGGAUAUGUCAACCUUAUACUUAUCUUCAUCCUCGCCGUACUGGACUAUGCCCAAACACAAAGCCCCGCCCUCGUCCUCUUCCUCUUCCUCCGUGUCGGAUGCGUUUUGGCUCGAAAACGUUUCUUACGAACUCGAGUAGAGAGGCGCCCUGAAUGUAUCUUUGCCCCUAGGGCUUAGAUUUGGGGGGGCGGGAAGGGGUGCCACGUUGGACCGAUGGGCUGGAUUUUCGCUUGCAUCCCUUAUCCCUGAACUGAAAACCGGUUUCCAUCUGUGUGGAGAUGUGAAAACCUGGGUUUUUUUGAAAGUAGACAUGCUCUCCUGUGGAGGAAACCACCUUAGAAGGGAGGAAGAAAUCUAGUUUUCUUACGGACAAUUUCUGGAAGCCAGCCUCUGAAGGAUCAUGGAAAGAACUGCAUUCAGCUGCCCUUCACUUUUAGAGGUAAGAAUUUAUUUCAAAAUGACCGCAUUGACCUAAGUAAGUGCUGCCUCUUAUGUGCUAUGUAGAGAAUUCUCUUUGAAAUAGCUUAACACCAAAGCCGAAAGAUUCAGAAGCUUUGUUCAUACACCUUAUUGCUAGAACUCACUUUCUUAAGUUUAUUUAUUUCUUUACAAGCCUUACAACCCAAGUUGCCCAACCAACGGUGUCAACUUCUGCGAUUUAGUUUUCGAAGACAAACAUGCCGGCCAUUCCCUUGUUGUACGAGUUCUGCACUUUAUUUGACGUUACGUAAAUGGACAUGGAAAUCGGUUAAGCCAAAGCACAAACUCAAAUCCGUUUGCUUUGGGGUUCGCCUUGCAGCCGUACCCUUUGUCUUUGCUUUCUUACAACUCG